AUGGGCAUUUGCUAAAGGAAAAGUGUAAAGGACAAUUCUUAAAAGCACACCGGAUACGAGUCAGAACAAGUUGUAGUUUUGACAUGCAUAAAGAGCCACAUCGAAUAUUUCGAUUAAAUAGAUUUAGAACUUCUUAAAUAUCCUGAUGUCUCACUGUUAUUGCGGAAACAUAUCAAAAACUAUAGAUUCAUUGAGGAGGGAAAGACUUGGGUAGUGGUAAAGGAAAUCUAAAGUUUCUUAAAUAAUAAAAUAACAAUAUUGAUUAGAAAUUUCAAUCCUGAAACUGAUGCUGCCUUGUAAUUGAUAUAGAUUUUUACGAAAUUGGUAUCUUCAACCUAAAAGUUAUUGGAAUCUUCUGUUAAUUUUAACGAAACAAAGGUUGAAUUAUUUUAAUCAUUCCAAAAUUAAUUGGUUUAAGUAAAUGAAAAUAAUAAUUUUAGACUUCUAUAGAAUGCCUAAUUAUUGUAAAUACAUUAAUUUCAAAAAAAUUAUAAUGGUGGAAUGAUGAAUAUUUUUAAUGGAGGCAGAAUCAUUUAAUGUAGACGUUUCUCAUUAAAAAAAUCGAUAAAAGUAAUAAAGAGAUUAUAGGAUCCAUAUAUGACUUUAUAUAAUUGUUAAUAGAAUGUAUAAAAAACUUGGGAGAUCUUGAGGGAUCUCAAAAUGCAUAAGAAACAGAUUUUAAAGCUUAAUAAGACUUUUUAGAUUAAUUUUACAGCUAAAUGAGAAUAGGGUUGAUAUAGAAUUCAUUUAUUUCAAGUAGUAUUUCAAAUGAAAUAAUUCCAGAUUAAAUUUAGGUUCAUUAAAUUGUGAAAGCGUAUGCCUUAAUAAUUAAUAAAAAAUGA